UGACUACAGUGUGCAAUGUAGCUGCUUUAUUAUCUUCCGUGUAUCACUCAAAUGCCACUGAACUUUAGGCAGCAUCUCUAUCUUUUAAAAAAAAACUUAAGGCAGCAUCUCAUGCAUCUCGUCGUCCCUGGCUCCACUUGAUGGGUUGAUGCAGCCUGCUAGCAGCUGCUACGGCAGCCGGCAAUCGGAAGGGAUGUCUCUGAUCUCGGGUGAUCCUGAGGAGCAGUCCCCCAGGGAUUGCUCCAGGUCCAGAUCAUCCUCCUCCGCGAAGCACCGCCGCCGCCGUUGCCGGGUGCUCAUCGCCACCUCGUCGACCGUAGCGUCGUUGGCGUCGCUUGCCCUCAUCCUGUGGCUCACCCUCCGCCCUUCCAGCCCGCGCUUCUCCCUGCUCGCCGCCACGGCCACGGUAGACGACGCCGCCGCCUCCGCCAGCAUCGUCGUGGACGCCGCCCUCGCCGCCCACAACCCCAACGCCCACGCCACAGCCCUCUACGGCCAGCUCCGGGCGACCGCCUCCUACGCCGGCGUGCCCCUCGGCGCCUGCGCGCCGCUGCCGCCGCUGGAGCAGCCGGAUCAGGGCGACGCGGUGCUGUCGGCCCUGCUCACGUCGUCGACCUCGCCCCCCUCUGCGUGGAGGCCGGUUCCUGGCGCGCAGGCUCUGCUGAGGGUGCGCAUCGAGGGGCAGCUCCGGUGGAAGGUGGCGUCCUGGGUGUCCGGCAGGCAUGGGCUCACCGUGGACUGCGUCGCCGCCGUGGUGCCGUCGUCGUCUCCAGGGAAGCAGCAGCGGCAAGGGUCAUCAUCAUCAUCCCCCUCCCAGUGCGCCACCCAAGUCCUAUGAUUACCUUAGCUAUCGAUGUGAUUAUUGCAAAUUAUAUAUGAUGAACCAGUAAUGUGAUGUAAGCUGCUGUUGCUUUACCAAGAAUCUCUGCUGUGCCCAACUGGCCGAUAGAAUGGUUAAAAUCUCCCAAUUGGCCGAUCAGAAUGGUUAAAAUCUCCUCCUUUUGCUCU